UUUUUUAAGUGAAUAACAUAUAAUAUAUAGGAGUACAAAGGAAACCAACUGUAUUGAAAUCAACAUGUGGUUUGUCAGGUUCAUGUGCUUCCUGAAACGUAUCCACAGACCCCUUUGGGACCCUGUGCACCCCAGAUUAAGAACACCUGUGCCAUGUAUGUGCUAGGCACCAGAGAUACAAAAACAAAAAUUAAAGUCUCUGUCCUCAAGAAGGUUACACUGUAUCAGGAAAGACAAUAAUUUAUAUAAAUAGGUAUAUACAAUAUACAAAAUAAACACAAUGUAAUUUUAUGGGGGGAAGAGUACUAAUGGUUGGAGGGAUCAGAGGAAGAGUAGAAGGUGCCACUUUAGCAGAGUUUUGAAGUAGACAAGGGAUUCUACUAGGCAGAGCUGAGGAAGAAGCACAUUCUAGGCAUUCUAGAAAGCCAAUGACAAUGUAUAAAAAUGGCAAAUGGAAUAUCUUGCACAACAAACAGCAAGGAAGCCAGUUUAGCUGGACCAUAAAACAUGGGAAGGGGAAUAAUACAUAAAGUUAGAAAGGUAGAUUGGAGCUAGCACGUGAAGGGCUUUUAAGGUCAAACAGAAGAACUUCUGUUGGAUUUGGCAGGUGGGGAGCUAAGGUUCAAGUCUUGGCUCUGACAUUAGCUGUGUGAUCUUCAACAAUUCAAUUCACAUCUGAGUAUUAGUUUUCUCUGUAAAAUGGGAAGCCUAUACAUUCCCUACUUCACAGCGUUCUGAGAAAAAUAUUCUCUAAAUCUUAAAGGUGUUUGUAAAUGUGCUAUUUUUGCUAAAUUGUGGAGGACUGUGAAUGCCAGAUUGAGUUUAUUCUGGAGUGGGAUUAUAGAUUCCAAACUAAACGGGACCUUAGAAGCCAUCUAACCCAACCUAAAGCCUCAAAAGAUUCUAUGACUUAUUCAAGGUCAUACAAAUAGUGUAUAGAGGUGGGACUGAUACCCAGUUCUGAUUCCAAAUCCAGAACUUUUUCCAACAGUGUGUGAAGGCAUUUUUUUUAAUUGGAAAAGUGAAAUUAAAUCUAUACAUUGGGAGGAUUAAAUAAGUAGCAAUAUGAGGCAGGAUUUUCAAUGGAAGGGGAAGAAAGAAGACCAAAUAAGGUGGGAAGACUGUCUUGGAGGCUGUUUCAAUAGUAUUUAGGCAAGAGGCAAUGGAGAACCGAACUAGGGUCUGGGUAGAGGAAUGAGAAGGGGUGGUUGGCUAGGUAUAAGCUAGUGAGAUGCAUACCUGUUUACUGGAUACAACAUAAGGGCUCUGGCAUGGUGACUAAUGAAUAUUUAUAGAACAUAUAAGUGCAAGAUUUCUAAGUAUAAAAUACCCUUUGCUAGCUAGUAAUAAGAGUUCUGUGCUAGUGUCUCUUCCUAUGGGAAAACAACAGCUAACAGGGCCCACUACUUAGUGCUAGUAGAUAAUUAAUCAAACAGUGCCCCCUUUAGUCUGGAAUUAGACGCAUAAGCAUCUUCUCUGUCCUUGGCAUUUUUCUUAGCUUGCCCCUUCUUUGGAACAUGAGAGAGUGUAUGUGAGACAGUUUGAUGCAAGCUCUCUAUAUAGAUUGGCUAGGCCAAAAUAGUGCCUUAGCACCGACAAUAGAAAUAGAUUGCUUACUUGGGUCUUCUGCUGUUCUUUCCUGGUCCAGGAAAGGUCCGUGUAGCCUCACAAUUACCAGGAGUUUGGCGUACUAUCCCUGCAUCUGCCCAAAGAGUGUUUAGUCCUUAGAUUUCUGCACUGUUCUGGUCUGUGAUGUCAGUGGUGAUUUUUAUUUAAAUUGGGAAGUGGGUUUAUUACUGAAUUUUAUUGGGGAAAAUAUGCUAAUUAAAAAUACCAUCAAAGGUGAUGUUGUUUGACUGACAGGCCAUCAGUAAAUUAUUUGAAUCCUUUCAUGCCCUAGCAGUUGGUAAUGGAGCAGGCGUUAUCCAUUCAUACCUUUACUUGCUCUUAAUUGUGGGCAAAAGGCAGAUUGAGUGAUGGGUGUACAGAGUGCAUCUAGGUAACAGGGUACUGCUAUUUAACCUGCUAAGGUGGACUUUCUUAUAGAAGUGCACUUGAACCAGAAGAGCAAAUUAGCCUGGCACAUUAGGCUUAGAGGUGAGCGGCUCUGGGAGGAGAAAUUUGCUCUUUGGUUGUCUCAGAUCCUUCAAGGAUUGAAGCUCCCCAGCUUUGGGUGAUGCCAUUGUAACGAUAACACAUUUGUUUAAUGCUCUUAAGGUCUGCAAGGUGCUUUGCAUACAUUAUUUCAUUUGGUCCUCACAGCGAUCCUGUGAGGUAGGUGCUAUUACUAUGCUUCGUUUCACGGAGGCGAGAGCUGAGGCUGAGAGGUUUGGUGACACACCGAGACACGAUUUGAACUCGUCUUUCUGAUUCCCACGUCUGGAACUCUACCCGCUACACUACUUGGCCGCCUUUGAGGCCUGGGCACUGGCCGGGCUAAAACGUAUAGUUAAUCCCCAAUCUCCGUCAUUCCAGGGUCAGGGCCGCCGCCCCCUCCCCCAUUUCCUCUGGUUGCUCCCCUAUUCCACCCAACAGAGAGAUGACAACAAGAAAUAAAAAGAAUGCAACUCCCUCCACACACAUACAUACUAAUGAGAAAUUGGAUGCGAAUUUUUUUUAAAGCAACUACAAGGAAAGUGCAUAUUUUUGGCUUUCUGAAACUAUAUUCCUUUCGGACGAGGACGGGGAGCCAGGGAAUUUAAUUCAAAAUGGCGAGAGCGAGUGACGUUAUUCCUCUUCCUCGACUCCCAAACCAAGGGCGCACAAGCAGGUGAGGGCGGAACCGAAGCUUACAGCACCUCCCCAAGAGCCAAAGGGAGGUCUCUCCUCCGAAAGGAAGGUGAAGAUAACGGGCGGAAGCGUUCGGGCUGGAAACUCACUAAGGGCGGAAUUCCCCCCCUUUUAAGGGCGGAAGAGACCUUGUCUCCGGAAUAUGCUCGAGCCCUGGAGGGUCUUCGAUCACUUCCGGGAACAGACCGGAAGUUGCUUUGUUUUGCUUCAAGAUGGCGGCGGGAAUGUACUUGGAGCAUUAUCUGGACAGUAUUGAAAACCUCCCCUUUGAGCUCCAGAGAAACUUCCAGCUCAUGCGGGACCUAGACCAGAGAACAGAGGAAGUAUUAGAUAUCAUCUGUGGACCUGCACUCUGGCAACUCUUGAGCAAGUUUGGCUGCCCUGAGAAAUUCACUUGGAGCCUGAGGCUACUCCCCGAUGGUCAGGCCUCUGUCUCUAUUAUAGACCUGAAAGCAGAGAUUGACAAGCUGGCCACUGAGUAUAUGAGUAGCGCCCGCAGCCUCAACUCAGAGGAAAAGCUGGCAUUACUUAAGCAGAUCCAGGAAGCCUACGGCAAGUGCAAAGAAUUUGGAGAUGACAAGGUGCAGCUCGCCAUGCAGACCUACGAGAUGGUGGAUAAGCAUAUUCGAAGACUGGACACAGAUCUAGCCCGAUUUGAGGCAGAUCUGAAAGAGAAACAGAUUGAGUCAAGUGACUAUGACAGCUCUUCAAGCAAAGGAAAAAAAAAAGGCCGGGUUCAGAAGGAGAAGAAAGCUGCCCGUGCUCGUUCCAAGGGUAAGAACUCAGAUGAGGAGGCUCCCAAGGCUGCCCAGAAGAAGCUGAAAUUUGUGCGCACAAGCCCUGAGUAUGGUAUGCCCUCAGUGACUUUUGGCAGUGUCCACCCUUCAGAUGUGCUGGAUAUGCCAGUGGAUCCCAAUGAACCUACCUACUGUCUUUGCCACCAGGUUUCCUAUGGGGAGAUGAUUGGCUGUGAUAACCCUGAUUGUUCCAUUGAGUGGUUCCACUUUGCUUGUGUCGGAUUAACAACCAAGCCUCGAGGGAAAUGGUUCUGCCCUCGGUGCUCCCAGGAACGGAAGAAGAAAUAAACAAAGGCCUUGGAUGUAUCA